GGCAUUCCUAGGUUCUACGAGUAUUUCCUAGGCCAAGGCCCUUCUUCUUUCUCCUUCUGGGCUGCUGAAUGGUGGGUUGUCGGUUGUCUCUCAAGACAUCUCAAAGUACAGCUUGCAAAGUUUGUCGAAGCAGGUGGAACCAAAAUCGAUCCCAUUGGUGCCACUCCAUGUCCAUUGGAGCUCUAAAAAGCCGCUGCCAUUGUCUAAAGCGACGACACGUCGAUUGAUUGCCAUUCUAGUUUGGAUUCUUGCCCAGCCAAAGCAUCAUGGCGGGUGCCAAAACCUUGUGGCUGGGAGUGUGCAUCCUGUUUACUCUGGUCUUGAUUUGCUCCUCUUAUGAUGGGGAUGAACCGGAUGAAACCGGAUGCCCCGUUGUGUUCCAAAAGCUAUGCACUUGCAAACGCCAGAAGUACCACUAUUGGAAGGACCCGGAAGAAAUCAUCUUUAUGGUGAAUUGUACCAACACGAACUUUAAAGACACAUCCAUGUUGGACACGUUGCCGGAUGGGAUUCAGGCGUUGAUCUUCACCGGCAAUGAUAUUCCGGUGUUACAUUGGAACGUGUUUGGCGUCUGGAACGAUCAUCGGGAUUUGGAGAUCGUGGACAUGUCCAACAAUAAGAUCCAAGAGAUCAAGGGCAAAGCCUAUCAUCAAGUGAGCUACGUCAAACGGUUGCUUCUCAACCACAAUGAUUUGAUUGUGAGUGGAAGACGGUUUCACGGACGCAUUCUCACCAAUUUUGUGAGGCUUGAGGAACUUCACUUGACCAACGCUUUCAGUGAAACCAUCGAUACCAAGUGGUACUUGAAGGACCUGAAGAACAUUUUUCUCGCCUCUAACCUCGAGCACUUGAAAACUCUUCACCUUGAACAGAACGAGAUUUGGUCCAUAACAGAUGAUGACAUGUUCUGUGCCUUUCCUAGCCUUACCAAUCUUCAUUUGGGCGACAAUCAGCUCCAGGAUAUCGAGUUCUCGUUGGAUUGUCUGCAAAAACUUAGGUACCUUGAUUUGCAGUACAACAAAAUCCGACGUCUUACCGACGCCACCUUAAACAAAUUGGACAAAGUCCUCAAAUCGGAUUCAGAGGAUCGAGCAGUGCAUUUGAAAGGCAAUCCUUUCCAUUGCGAUUGUCACCUGAAAAACUUUCAACACUGGUUACUUAGUACUCACACCACCCUUUUCCACAAGGAUGAGAUUCGGUGCUUUGACGGUUAUCCAGAACGAAACGCGGGAAGAAGGGUGACCAAUGCUGAGAUUUCCGAAUGUUCGCCAACCCACAACUCACUCACCAAUGUGCUUUUGUCCAUCUUGAUCUUGGUCAUGAUAGGCUUGGGUUUGCUUAUCGUUUACUAUCAUCGUCAGAGAAUCCAUUCCAGCUUCAAGCCUUUGGUUGUGAGCUUCCAAAAGUCUAUGCAAUAUCGGACCAUUGACAAGGAAGAGGAGCCACCAACAGAAGUCAACGUUUAGGUGAACCCUUUUACUAGUGGAACUCCAGCUUCCAGUCCCUUAAAUGCUAGAAAAUAUCCCUUAACCAAGAUACAGAGGACCCUCGCCACCCAUGAGCCACACUCCGAAUCUAAUUUGUGUAGCGCCCUCGGUCUCAGAUCAUUGUCAAUGCAAUGAAUGUCUACAACCUGAUGAUCUGGGUCCAGAAUUUGAUCUCGAAGGAUGAUUUCUUCUGGGAUAAAAUAUGACAGCUGUGACGUGACCUUAAAAGUUGUAACCCCGCCGAACUGCAGAUGAUGCACUAACAUGAUCACCCAUUUAACACAUUCCAUAAUACACAAAAUGUUUCAUGCUCUCUGUAUGUUGAAAGAUGGCAUCUAUUUUUGCAUUAGAUUUUUUUGAAUGAAAUUGUCGAUUUCGAAAUACAAUAGUCUACAGUAUA